AUUAAUGAAACCAUACCCUUUCAUUACUUAUCCUCAAUUUGCAACUUUUUCUUAUAGAUAAUCUCCCAACAUAUUAUUUAUUCAAGUGCCUACAAACUCAGAAAAACAAAUCGGAAAAAGAAAAAAAGAUCAAAAGAGGAACAAUGGGAUAUUUUCCAUUGUUCAUAUUAGCUUCUUUGCUGUUAAUCAACAACAGUGUGACCAAAUCAGCAGCUUUAGCCUUUCCUGACAGCAAACCAAACACUACGAAAUACGAUGAAACAAUUGGUGAAUUCAUCGAAGAUGAAGAACAAGUGGUGUUGUUCGGUGAAUCCGAGGUGAAACAAAGGAGACUUGCUGCAGCUACUCCUAUAUCUUAUCGAGGGUUACAGCGUCAACCGGUUUGCAAUGCGUAUAUUUAUGGGAAUUGUAUAAAACCUGCAGGUCCUGAUUAUCGGCCUUGUACAACAUAUAAUCGUUGCAAGAGGGGAGUCAAAUGAAAAAAAAAAUUAGGACUAAAAAUAUAUGGAAGGUUUGAUGUUUUGUUUUUGUGUUUGGUUUUUGAUGUUACUGUUCUUCUGUUAGUAGAUAUAUUGUGACUUUAUACAAAUCAUUGUGAGUUUAAGAA